UUCAUUAGAUCCUAGCCCCACGGUAACAACAUAGAAAAGAUAAAGCAGAUACAUACCCUGCUUUCUGUACUCUCUUUCCUUUUUUUGUGCUAGUACUGUCCUCUCACACCCUCUUAUCUCUUCCGUCUCAAUCUCUCUCACAAUCCCAAGCUCCAUUUCCUCUGCUUUUUCUUCAAAACAAUCAUCCCCAUUUCAGUAGAAACCCAUGCUCUCCAAGGCUCCUUGGAACCGUUGAGUUUUUAUUCAAAACACUUUCCCUGCGACUGGAACAUUCAAUAUUUGAAAUUGUUCUGCUCCAGCUUCCUUUUAUUUGGAAUUUGGGUGUUUUGAUUCUUUGAACCAAGAAAAUGCAGAGGCCUCCGCCAGAUGAUUUUCUAUUGAAGGAGACCAAACCCCACCUUGGAGGGGGAAAGGUCUCUGGUGACAAGCUUACUAGCACAUAUGACCUUGUUGAGCAAAUGCAGUACCUUUAUGUAAGGGUUGUGAAGGCUAGGGACUUACCUGCAAAGGAUGUCACUGGCAGUUGUGACCCUUAUGCUGAAGUCAGGCUGGGAAACUACAAAGGCACCACUCGGCACUUUGAGAAGAAGACUAAUCCUGAAUGGAACCAGGUUUUUGCUUUCUCGAAAGACAGGAUUCAGGCUACCGUCCUGGAGGUUACUGUGAAAGAUAAGGAUGUUGUGAAGGAUGACUUCAUUGGUCGUGUCUGGUUUGACCUCAAUGAGAUCCCGAAGCGGGUUCCCCCGGAUAGCCCUCUGGCACCACAGUGGUAUAGACUGGAGGACAGGAAGGGUGAAAAGGUGAGGGGAGAGCUAAUGCUGGCCGUUUGGAUGGGGACACAAGCUGAUGAAGCAUUUCCUGAAGCGUGGCACUCUGAUGCGGCAACUGUUAGUGGGACUGAUGCUCUUGCAAACAUUAGAUCCAAGGUGUAUCUAUCUCCUAAGCUUUGGUAUUUGAGGGUUAAUAUAAUAGAGGCACAAGACUUGCAGCCAACUGACAAGGGUAGAUACCCUGAGGUUUCUGCGAAGGCUAUUCUGGGAAGUAUGAUGUUGAGGACUAGAGUCUCUCAGAGCAGGAGUAUCAAUCCAAUGUGGAAUGAGGAUUUGAUGUUUGUGGCUGCAGAACCAUUUGAGGAGCCCCUGAUUUUGAGUGUGGAAGAUAGAGUUGCCCCUAACAAAGAGGAACUUUUGGGGAGGUGCAUAAUUCCUUUACAGAUGGUGGAAAAGAGACUAGAUCACAAGCCUGUGAACACUAGGUGGUUUAAUCUUGAAAAACACGUUGUUGUUAUGGAAGGGGAAAAGAAGAAAGAAAUCAAGUUUGCAAGCAGGAUUCAUAUGAGGAUCUGUCUAGAAGGUGGUUACCAUGUUUUGGAUGAAUCAACUCACUACAGCAGUGAUCUUCGCCCAACAGCGAAACAGCUGUGGAAGUCCAGCAUUGGAGUUCUUGAAUUGGGGAUAUUGAAUGCUCAGGGUUUGGUGCCAAUGAAAACAAAAGAUGGGAGGGGGACAACAGAUGCUUAUUGUGUUGCAAAAUAUGGGCAGAAGUGGGUACGGACAAGGACAAUCAUUGAUAGCUUCACACCCAGGUGGAAUGAGCAAUAUACUUGGGAGGUUUUUGAUCCUUGCACUGUCAUUACAAUUGGUGUAUUUGAUAACUGUCAUUUGCAUGGUGGUGAUAAGGCCGGAGGGGCAAAGGAUUCAAAAAUUGGGAAGGUACGAAUUCGUCUUUCCACCCUUGAGACGGAUCGAGUCUAUACACAUUCCUAUCCGCUUCUAGUUCUUCAUCCAAAUGGGGUGAAGAAAAUGGGUGAAAUUCACUUGGCUGUAAGGUUUACUUGUUCUUCUUUGCUUAAUAUGAUGCACAUGUAUUCACUACCCUUGUUGCCUAAGAUGCAUUAUAUUCAUCCAUUGACUGUCAGCCAGCUUGACAAUUUGAGGCAUCAAGCUACUCAGAUUGUUUCAAUGAGACUGAGUCGUGCCGAGCCACCAUUGAGAAAGGAGAUAGUGGAAUAUAUGCUGGAUGUGGGUUCCCACAUGUGGAGUAUGAGAAGAAGCAAGGCCAACUUUUUCAGGAUUAUGGGAGUUUUGGGUGGAUUAAUUGCUGUAGGAAAAUGGUUUGAUCAGAUUUGCAAUUGGAAAAACCCCAUCACAACUGUUCUAAUACACAUCCUGUUUAUAAUAUUAGUCAUGUACCCUGAGCUUAUCUUACCCACAAUAUUCCUUUACCUCUUCUUGAUUGGAGUUUGGUACUACAGAUGGAGGCCAAGGCACCCUCCUCACAUGGACACUCGUCUCUCCCAUGCAGAUUCUGCACACCCCGAUGAACUAGAUGAAGAAUUUGACUCAUUCCCAACAUCUAAACCUUCUGACAUAGUGAGGAUGAGAUAUGAUCGACUUAGAAGUAUUGCUGGGAGGAUACAAACUGUGGUUGGUGAUUUGGCAACUCAAGGGGAAAGGCUUCAGUCUUUACUCAGCUGGAGGGAUCCAAGAGCUACUGCACUUUUUGUCAUUUUCUGUCUGGUUGCUGCCAUUGUUCUCUAUGUCACUCCAUUCCAAGUUGUGGCACUCCUUACUGGAAUUUAUGUAUUGAGACAUCCCAGGUUCCGACAUAAGCUUCCUUCUGUGCCACUGAACUUCUUCAGGAGGCUGCCUGCAAGGACUGACUGCAUGCUUUGAGUUCAACCUGUCAUGGAAAGUUCAGAAACAAAAUGGAGCUUUGCUUUACUUUUAUUGUUCAGCAUCAUAUUUUUUGGAUUUGCAGUUCAUUAUGUCAUAGGAUUUUAUGUUUUGAACUUCAUGAUAGUGUCCUUAUUAUUAAAUUUGUAAUUUUGUAGGCUGUGGGUUGAAAUUAACUUCUGCUUAAUCAACUUGUUAAAUUAAAUGUAGUAAAUCUUCUCGGUGGAAGUUUGAACUUAUAACCUC